AUGCCAGGGGACUGCCCUGCCAUGCCAGGAGACCACCCUGGGAGGCCACUACAGCAGGCGGGGAGGUCACCAGGCCGGGAGGCUACUACGUCAGGCCAGGAGGUCACCGGGCUGGGAGGUUGCCAGGCCGGAAGGCACAGCCUCACCCGACAUCAGUAUUACCUACAACUGAGGAAAGACAUUCUUGAGGAGCGUUUGUACUGUAGUGAUGAGACAGCUCUGUUGCUUGCCUCCCUGGCUCUCCAGGUAGAGUACGGAGAUUACAUUUCCGAGGUGCAUGGCAAGAACUACUACCGUGUUGAACACUACAUUCCUCCUAGUGUGAUGGAGAAAAUGGCUUUGACUUGUAUAAAGGAGGAACUGCCUCGACUCCACUCCACAUACUUUAAUUUGUCUGAAGAGGAGGCUGAGUUGGAGUUUCUGAAGGUAACACAGCAGCUUCAAGAGUAUGGGGUACUGUUCCAUCGGGUGGCACGGGAUAAGAAAACCACAGGUGGGGAGGUUGUGCUCGGAAUCUGUGCCAAAGGGAUCAUCGUUUACGAGGUGAAGAAUAACAGCAGAAUCGCCAGCUUACGCUUCCAGUGGCGUGAAACUGAAAGAAUCACGUUUAAUAGAAAGAAGUUUACUGUGCAAAGCAAUUCAGAUGGAAAGAAGCACACCUUUAUCACAGAAAACAGCAAAACUUGCAAGUACCUGAUCGAGCUAUGCUCUGCUCAGCACAAGUUCCAGAUGCAGAUGAAUUCCAGGCAGCUUAAUCAAACUGCCUUUGAAAAUGAGGAACACGUUUUUACCUCUAUGGUUUCAAAUGAGACACGAUAUGCACGGCGCAGACGUUUCGAGGAGAUGCGCAAUAUUUCCCGUUCAGAGACCAUGUUGAGUCGCCCUAACCUGGACACCACGUCUGUUGGAGCAAUGAGCAAGUCCUGUGACAACCUGACAGAUACCAUGGCUACCUCAGGAGGCACCAAUUACAUGUGGAGAACAGAUGAUAUCCCUCAAUCAGAAAUUCUCACCUCCUCGAGAGAAAGGGCUCGAUAUUUGGGUCUGCAGAAUGUAACUCCAGGUCAAAGUGAUGUGAACGGGGCAUCAGAGAACAAACUGGACACUGAGAUGACUAUACCUGAGAGGGAGAUUGUCUUUGUGACCCUGAAGAAAGAUCCCAAAGUUGGUUUUGGGUUUCAGAUUGUUGGAGGAGAGCGUACUGGGAAAUUAGACCUGGGGAUCUUUAUUGCGUCAGUCAUGCCAGGAGGCCCAGCAGACAAAGAUGGACGUGUUAAAGAAGGGGGCCGUCUGAUCUCAGUGAAUAAAGAGAGCCUGGAGGGGGUCACUUUCAGAACUGCAGCAGAGAUUCUACAGAAUGCCCCCGAUGAAGUGACACUUAUCAUCUCUCAGCCAAAAGACCCACGCGAGACUGCUGGGAAGGGGGCUGCAAAAUUAGGAAGUAAAGUCAACAGCUCGGUGAGCUUACAGCACCGUUGGCAUGGUAACGCACCUGCAAGAGAACAAGGCCUCAAUCAUGAAGCAUGUGCUCCUGAGGUGAUGCCAGUGAAGACUGGGCCACCUGACCAGGCUCACAUUGUGGAAAAGCGGGAUGGUACUGAAACUUUGCAGAUGCCACAGGAGUUAAAACCAGGAGACAGAUAUUGUGUGGAGCUGGCCAAGAUAGACGGAAGCCUUGGUGUUAGUGUCACAGGUGGUGUGAAUACCAGUGUGAAGAAUGGUGGAAUCUAUGUGAAGGCCAUUAUACCUGGAGGCGCUGCAGAUCUUGAUGGUCACAUCAGGAAAGGUGACUGUUUGCGGGAGGUGGAUGGAAUCAGCCUGCAGGGCAUCACUCAUAAACAAGCGAUUGAGUGUUUGAAGAACACUGGUCAGGUGGUGCGCCUGGUGUUUGAGAGAGGACAGCAGGUGACAGCUGCGAUUCCCAGUUCGGAAAGCCAACAGGGACCCAUUCUCACUGACAGUCAGCACAGGAAACAAGACAAAUAUCCCGAAGAUUCCAUGAAAACAACCUUGUCGGCUGUACCCAAGGACUACAGCUUCAUGACAGAUGGUAACACGUUCGAGGUGACAAUGAAGAAGAAUUCAGCAGGUUUGGGGUUCAGUUUCCUGCAGAUGUAUCCAGCAGACAAUGACCCAGGAGGGAGUUUGGUGAGAAUAAAGAAAUUGUUUCCAGGGCAACCAGCAGAGGAGACCGGCCAGAUUGAAAUCGGGGACGUCAUCUUAGCAGUGAAUCAAACCCACCUAAAGGGACUAUCCUAUCAGGAGGUACUUCAUCUGCUGCGAGGAGCUCCCCCUGAGGUUACAAUGAGCAUGUGCAGGCCAGCACCAGGAACCCUACCUGAAAUAGAUCCUAACCUACUGACUCCAGUUUCUUCGCCAGUGAAAGAGUUGUCUGUGCUGACUACAAUUGAUCCACAGCUGAUUCGAGGAUCUGAACUGGAUGAAGAUGAAAAGAAGCCCCGAGGUUUCCCUCCACAGGACCACCCAUGGGAUUCAAGUGAUCAGGAGGGCACUGGUGAUGUCAUUCAGGAAUCUAUGGAGCAGCAUUUCCAAGAUAUACCACUUGACACACCAAACAUGGAAUUAAUCAGUGCUCUAGCUGAAGACCUGAGGCAGAACUGUUACUCAACCUGUGACUUAGAUGUCGCAGUGCCAAGCACAGAGAGCCUUCUGUGCAGUGUGGCCGAGGAAAGGGACUCUAGCUCACCGCUGUUCUUUUGCAAGCCCGAAGUAUCUUCCCCGACACCACUGGAUGAAGAAUAUCUGACCAUCAGCUCCACAUCAGACUCCUCACAAUGUGACAGUCCAGAUUCUCAAUCACCCAACAUCGCUGUGCCACAGCCUCACUUCUUGAUGCCUUUCCCCGAGGAUUCAAGCCCCGCAGAGAAAGACACUAGUGAUAAAACUGAAUGGGAAGAUCUGAAGGAGUUAGAUCCCGAAGUGGAAGCAAGCGUAAGGAAUGACGAAGACGAGGAAGAAGUUCCAAACUUACCCAUAAUACGGGAAUAUGAAAUGUACGUAACCUUGAAGAAAAAUAAGAAGGGAAGCCUUGGUUUCACCAUAAUGCGCAGUAAACUGGACAACUGCUAUUACAUCCGUGAUGUCCUGGAUAAUCCUGCAAAGGCUGAUGGGAGACUAAGAGCAGGAGACAGGCUCAUAACGGUAAAGACAUUAUAA